AAAAUAAUUGUGAGGUCUCAGCUGUUGUAGUACAGAAAUGUCUAAGGAUACCUCUCUGCUAAAAUAUUCAACAUUAAUCCUCAUCUUUCUGCAAACAUGCAAUGCUUGGAAGAUGAAGCCCGAUUACUGUUAUCCGAAGACCCCUUCUGCUUGUGGUCAUAUCCGAGACAUCAGCUACCCUUUUCACUUAAACAGUGACCCAGAAAUUUGUGGAGAUGAUCCGAAAUUUGAAUUUAGUUGUGAAGAUAACCAAACGGUUAUGUCGAUCCUCUCCAAGAAGCUGUAUGUGCAAGCCAUCAACUAUAAUAGUAAGACAAUUCACCUGGUAGAUCCAGCUUUACAAACACAAGAUGAUCUAUGCUCUUUCAGUCCUCAGCUUCUGUUCUUCGACCAAUCCGAUACAAUCUUCCGAUCAUACUAUAGUGGGCUUAGAUCAGCAGAGCCCAUUUUCAUGUUCAACUGUCCAUCUGCUGUUAAUAGUUCUUCGACAUUUCUGGAAAUUAGUGGCUGCAAAUUAAGCAGGUACACUUAUUUAAAGAUUGGAGAAACGAAAGUCUCUGAAGUCAGCCAUGGAUGCAGAAUGGAAUUUAUAGCCAUGACCUCAUUGCCUGAUAUUAAAAACGCAGAGAAUAACAUUUCCCAUUCUGAUUUGAGCUUUUCUUUAUUCGCUCUCCGCGUGAUUUUGAAGAGUAAGGACAAUCUUCAGUUAUAUAGGCUCUGCUUCUUAAUAAUCAUUUCUUUUCCAUCCUAACAAAUUAGGAAAACAAUGGAUAUAUUCACUCACUACAAUUUCAUUUCUUCA